AUGGCUUACACAACCAGACAAAUUGGUGCUAAGAACACUUUGGACUAUAAAGUCUACAUUGAGAACGACGGUAAGCCAGUGUCCCCAUUCCACGACAUCCCAUUGUAUGCUGAUGAGGAGAAACAAAUUUUCAACAUGGUUGUUGAAAUUCCACGUUGGACUAACGCUAAAUUGGAAAUCACUCCGGAGGCGGAUCUGAACCCAAUUGUCCAAGAUACCAAGAAGGGCAAACUGAGAUACGUUAGAAACUGUUUCCCUCAUCAUGGUUACAUUCACAACUACGGUGCGUUCCCACAAACUUGGGAAGACCCAAACCAUGUUCACCCAGAGACUAAAGCUGCUGGUGACAAUGAUCCAGUUGACGUCUUGGAAAUCGGUGAGACCAUCGGCUACACGGGUCAAGUCAAGCAAGUCAAGGUGUUGGGUAUUAUGGCAUUGUUGGAUGAGGGUGAAACUGACUGGAAGGUCAUCACUAUCGAUGUCAACGAUCCAUUGGCCCCAAAGUUGAACGACAUUGAGGACGUCGAGAAAUACUUCCCAGGUUUGCUAAGAGCUACCAACGAGUGGUUCAGAAUUUACAAGAUCCCUGAUGGAAAGCCAGAAAACCAAUUCGCUUUCUCCGGUGAGGCCAAGAACAAGAAGUACGCUUUGGACAUUAUCAGAGAAACGCACGAAUCCUGGAAACAGUUGAUCUCCGGUAAAGCGGCUAACAACAAGGGAAUCGCUUUGUCUAACUCUACUGUAACUGAUUCUCCAGGUUACUCCGCUUCUGCAGCUUCCGCUGUCCCACCGGCAUCUCCUCAGCCGGAUGCUCCAAUCGACAAGUCCGUCGACAAAUGGUUCUUCAUCUCUGGUUCCGCUUAG